AUGGCUGAAUCGCUAGAAGAGCUUAAAGAGGUAUUGCUGCUAUCUAUAAAAGCCCUUGAAGAAGAGAAGAGUCUGUUUGAACAUGCCAAUGCAGUUCUUAAUGCCCAGUUGAGUCAGAUCCCAGAAACUCCAUCCCAUAAGCAAAUUGUCUUCAUAGGAAGUGAUCUAUGGGUAGAGAUGACAGGAGACGAGGCAAGGGGUUUCUUUGGACGGCGUUUGGAUUCAAAUCUAGCCGAUUUAAAAAACAUCUCUGAGAAAAUGCAGCGCUCGCGCCAAAUGUUGGACUCUAUCGGUAAAGUUCUGGACCAAGAGAACAAUGUAGAACAAACAGAGGAAUUGAAUUCGGAGGGACUACCGAUUAUGGAUAUUCAAGAAACUCUUGAUGAUGAUGGGGAGGUGAUAAGUGCCACCGUGAAUGAUAAAGCGUUUGAAGCUAUGCCAAAGGAUCUGUUGAAGGAACUGCUCGCUGCCGAAGAUCAGAUGGAAGUUGCCGAAACUCAAAAGGGGUUGAGCGAUUCAAGUGCUGAAAAUGAAAAUGAUGGCCAGAUUGAAGAACUACUAGCAGAUAUGGAAAUUAUACCGAGGGAGAAUCCUUCAGAAUCGGGUGAAUCUCGCAAAGAAUCCAAAAUCAAUGAGAUGGAAACAAGCGAUUCAGAAGAUGAACUCGAAGAUAUACAGCCAUCUAUCAGGCCAGAAGAGAUCUAUGAACUCGAGCUCAUUGCGAGCGAGAUGGACCUCGAUGACCCAGAGGACGAUGUUCUUGAAGAAGGAGAUUUCGACUACGACAUUGAAGACAGCGAUUUCAACAGCGACGAUCAUGAAGGUGGUGAUGAUUCAAAUGGUGAUCUAGAUGAUGACUCAGAUGAUGAUUCUAAAGCUGAUGAGCUACUAUACGGUAAUAAUUUCGGCAUGUUUAAGGGCAAGUCAGAACUUCAAAACCGAUUGUGGGGCGAAGUGCAAGCCUUGCGAAACAAAAAAAUACAAUCUGAGCCUGCUCCUGUGGAAGCCAAGGCUCCCAAGAAGAGUGUUCGCUUCAACGAGAGUACAGAAGUGAAGGAGAUUGAAAAUGUGAGUGAAAGUCUUAAAAAGAUCGAGCAUAAAAAACAGAAGCCGCUGCGAUUCAGAGAAAGAUUGAUCCUCUCCGGAAAAACAGAGCUCAAGAGCGAGGCUUCUAGACCAGACGACGACUCAGAGGAAGUGACCCGUGAUAUCGUGGACAGGUCAGGGUGA